CUGAACUUCUCUUUAUUAUAUUACGCAUAAUAGUGUAUUAUAAAGGGAAGCAAUUUGUUUUGGUUAUACUUUUUGUUCGUUGAUUUUUAUUCUUUCCAUUCUAUACGCUGACGAAACGUUUGGCUUGGCUUGUCGUGUAGGAAUAGUAAACAAAAGUUUUGACAUCAAGUUACAGGAACUGUUCUAAAUUAGGAAUAGGUAAUCAACAAGGAUGACAUUUGUAAAAGAAUCAGACGAAAUUUUGGAUUUGGCAAUCAUUGGAUUUGGACCUGCAUCGGUCUCUCUGAUGGUUGCUCUUCAUGAUCACUCCGAAAAGCCUUUGCGUAAUAAAAAAGUGUGUGUUUUGGAAAAAUUACCUUACUUUUCUUGGCAUGCAGGCAUGCUUAUUCCCGGAUCGAAGAUGCAAAUCUCAUUCGUGAAGGAUUUGGCUACACCACGUGAUCCAACUUCGUACUUUUCGUUUUUAAAUUAUUUGCAUCAGCAUGGCUGUGAGAGAUUUUCGGGCUUCUUGAACUUGUCAACCAUGGAGCCAUCUCGUUAUGAAUUCCAUGAUUACCUUUGCUGGGCAGCAGGCCAUUUCAAGGACUACGUGAAGUAUAACGCAAAUGUGACAAAAUUGGAGUAUGACCAGUCUUUAGACCUGUAUCGUAUUAUUUAUGGCGAUCAACAAAAGGUCGCCAAAAAUGUCAUUGUAGCUACUGGCGGCCAAGCAAACAUUCCCGAGCCCUUUUCCUCUUUACAAAGCCCUCAAGUCAUCCAUUCUAGUGGCUUUAUGUUUGACCAUAGCCAACGUUUGCUUCGUUCGGCAAAGCAUGGGGUACUAGUAAUAGGUUCAGGUCAAUCAGCUGCUGAAAUCUGGAAUCACAGCCAUAAUGUUAUUGAUCCCAAACUUCCUCUAUCCUUGGCUUUCCGUAAUUUGACUCUUAUUCCCAGUGAUUCUAGCCCCUUUGUGAACUCUCUGUAUUUUGACAGCCAUAAUUCUCACUGGUGGUACAAUCUCCCCGAACAUACACGUGUGCAGGGCCUGAAAAAUGGCCACACCACCAAUUACGGAGUGGUCAAAGAAAGCUUGCUUGAGGAAAUGUAUCGUGAAGAGUACAUGCAGAAACUCAAGUAUGGUAAGGUUUACCACAACUUCUCAAAUGCCACCUAUGUUGAUUCCGUGGAACAGAAACAAGAUCACGUACUUGUUACCCUGGCCUCCAAACUGGAUGGUACUGAAAAGAAGGUUACCAAGGAAUUCGAUGUCAUCUAUCUAGCCACUGGCUACAAUCAUGCAUCUUCCCAAGAGAUCCUCUCUUCUAUCUUUCCCAAUUCGCACGAUAUUCACAUCGCUGAAAACUACCUCGUCGAAAAUACUCCUUCUAAAAAUAGUCGUCUUUUCGUUAUUGGUAUCUCAACUUAUCAGCAUGGUAUUGGUGAAACAUUGCUUAGUUGGACUGCCGUCCGAGCUGGUGAAUUGGCUACUCAACUUUUUGGACCUAGCAAACCUACGGCUCGCCCCUUUGAUCCGUAGUUUGUCUCCUUUCUCGGUACAUCACUUAGUAAACAGAACCACUAUUUCAUGAACCCGCACCAAUAUGUUUUCUAAUUCCCAAAUUUUCAAUAUCGUUAAUAAAAGUCAAAAGUCACCUACGAAAUACACUUAUUUUAUAUAUAUUUGUCUGUAAGAUUCCCACCUAGUAUAUUAUCUUGAGUUAUUGAAAAGGAACCCUUUCUGGUGUCUUACAAUUUCGUCAACUAAUAACCCAACCUCUUGUUUCUAGCUUUUAUGUCCCUAUUUGAUCAUUCCGUAUGGAUUUUCUUUUUAUAUUCUUAUUUCAUCCCUCGUA